AAGUUAUACCAUAUUGUAUUAAAAGUUUCUAUAACAUUAUAUUUCUAGAUAGGUUAUAUUAUUGAAAAUUUAAAAUGAAAAUUAAAAAAAGAUCUAAUGCAAUAAGAGUGCCACCACUUAAAAAAGCAAUAAAAAUUAAACGAAAAUCAUCAGAAUUAGAAGAAGAAUCAACUGUAUCCAAAGCAAUUGAAAAUAUUAAAAAAGUACUUAAGAAAAAAAAUGCUGAAGUAAUAAAUACAGCUUCAACUCCGAAAGUAGAAAAAUCAUAUAAAAUUAAUAAAGCUAAAAUUAGACAAACAAAAUUCCAAAAAAAUUAUCCAAGAGGUAUAGUAUAUUUAGGACAUAUACCUCAUGGCUUUUAUGAAGAACAAAUGAUAGAUUAUUUUAAACAAUUUGGAAAUGUAACUAGAGUACGUGUUGUUCGGUCAAAAAAUACUGGUAGAAGUCGUGGUUAUGGAUAUGUGGAGUUUAUGUAUCCUGAAGUUGCUAAAAUAGCUGCAGAAACAAUGAAUAAUUAUCUUAUGUGUGGAAGAUUAUUAAAAGCUACAUAUAUCCCACCUGAAAAACAACAUAGUGGUUUUUUUGUUGGUAGAUCAUGGACAAAAGAAAUUUAUCCUAAAAUAAUAAAUAGAAAUAAAGUUACUAAGAUAAGAAAUGGAAAUAUUGACAAAAAAAAGCAUAUAAGAUUCGUACAAAGUACAAAAGAUAAAUUAUCUAUUUUAGAAAAGAAAUUAAAAGAAAAAGGUUUUGAUAUGAAAUUUAUACCAAUAGAUGAUUCUAAACAAUAUUAAGAAAUAUUUUUGUUAACAUU